AUGGGACUUACGCUAACGACCUCCUCCUCCACCGACCUCAUCACCUACUCUGAUGCAGACUGGGAUCGCUGCCCGGACACACGACGCUCCACCUCGGGGUACUGUCUUCUCCAGGAGUUGCUUUGUGAUGUUCACAAGGCCACGCUCGUCUACUGCGACAACGUCUCCAUCGUGUACCUCUCCGCCAACCCGGUCCACCAUCGUCGAACGAAGCAUAUUGAGCUCGACAUACACUUUGUUCGUGAGCAGGUGGCUCUUGGGUGCAUCCGGGUCCUCAACAUCCCGACAGCGCAACAGUUCGCCGAUGUCAUGACGAAAGGACUGCCUACUUCUGUUUUCGAGGAGUCUAGUCAAAGGUCAAGCAGAAUCGACAACACCAUGGCCAUCCAUGUCCCACAGAACACUGUGCUGUACUGCGUGGCUAUCUGCGCUCCCCACCUCUACCGCUACUUCAGGACAAGAUCGAGGCAGACAGUUUGUCGUGUGCUGCUCGCAGUUGAACAGCCGACUGGCAAUCUGCUCUGGUUCAAUCCCAAGAAGGAGAGAGGUGGUGCAGAUAUGGCGCAGUGGAACGGCAUGGAGCAGGCAGCGACCAUCGCGCAGCUGGUGGGAGUGGAUGCGUUGGGGCUCAUCUCGACGAUUGUACAGGCAGCACAGACAGUUCAGCGCAACAAGGAGACCUGCCAGGAGCUUGUGCAGGAUGUGCAGUUGAUAAAUGGCCUGCUACGGAUGCUGCAAAACCCAGAGAUGAUGCAGCGAGAAGAGAUUGUAAACGCACUCAAUGGACUGGAGGGGACGCUCCGGGAGGCGUACAGCCUCGUCAGCUCCUGCCAGGACUGCAGCACCACAUAUCGCAUAUUCAUGGGAUGGAAACACACUGACCAGUUCCGACGUGUGAAGAAGAAGAUUGCCAAGCACCUCCGCUUCUACCCUAUGAUCUUCCAUGCUGACAUAACUUGUCGUCUCGAAAGAAUAAGCAAUGGCACGCUGUCGACGUGCUCAUCUCAGGACCAAGGAGGAGUGCUGACAUCAUCUACCAGCCACUCAAACUCUGAAGCUCGGACUGAAUGUAGUUUACGGCCUGUUGAAUUAGAAAGAUCGCAGGCAUGCAGGAGCGCUGAGUCCAUUGCAGUUGAGGAACACCAGCUAACAAGUCACCAGGAAAUUGCUGAACCUUUUGCCAGGAAGCAGAGGUUCCGGUGGGGUCACUGUUUGCCCUGGAAAAUGGUAGAAACAGCUCCUUGUAUUCAUGAACUCAACGGACCAGGGUUUUCAGGUUUCCAUUUCUCCCAAUUAUUGGCUGCUACAAAUAAUUUUGCAUUCCGAUGCAAAAUUAGAAGUUGUGGAUGCGCUGAUGUGUAUAAGGGACGAUUGGACAGUGGACUUGAAGUCAUGAUCAAAAGAUUUUAUCAAAAUAACUCCCAUUCUUCACUCGCAUUUGAAAAUGAAGUCCGCUUUCAUGCAAAGCUUCUACACAAAAACGUUGCUAAGCUCAUUGGAUGUUGCAGUGAAAGAGGAGAAGCACUUUUAGUCUAUGAAUCUCUGCCAAAUGGGUGUUUGUCUGACGUGGUAACUGGAACAAGGGUGUUGCUCAACUGGUCUGAGCGCUUCAAAAUAAUUUUAGGGAUAGCCCGUGGGGUGGCCUAUCUACAUGAUUGCUGUGGGAUACAAAUUAUGCAUGGGGAUUUAAAUCCACAAAGGAUUCUCUUAGAUUCUUAUAUGACUCCUAAGAUUACUGAUUUUGCUUUUGCAAAAGUGUGUAGUCCGGAUGGGCGUGAAAGACACAAGCGUAGUUUACUUGGUACAAGGGGUUAUAUGGAUCCUGGAUAUGUUAUUAACCGUAUUUACUCAGUGAAGAGUGACGUGUAUAGCUUUGGUAUCACUCUUCUUGAGAUAAUUACUGCAAAGAGGCCCGAUGCACUUUUCAAGGAUGCAGGUGAUCUUCUCAGAUUGCCGACAAUGGCAAAAUCAAUGGAGAUGUACCACAUGAUAGAUCCAGCAUUGCAUGGUGAAUCAAGAAUGACCGAGAUAAUGAAAUGCAUUCAGAUCGCAUUAUGGUGCUCCAGGCCCAAUGCGGGAGACCGGCCCAGCAUGUGGGAUGUUCUUCUGAUGCUCAGCUGCGAGAGUGCAACCUUACGUGUGCCGGAGCCAUUCCAGAGCCAGUGUGACACACAGGAGCUGUGUGAAGGGGUGCUAUCGGAUUCAGAGAUAACUGAACCAAGAUAGUAUGUGCGAUUCAAGGCCACAGAUUUCAUCGGGCUCUACAUGGCGCGCAGAGGAUAUUAAGUAGUAGUAGUAAAUUUUUUAGUUGAGUAUUUGCGCAUCAAUGGAGCGAUGAUAUGCGUACAUAACCAUUUCUUUUUGCACGUGCGUGUCACUGGUUAUGAUCGCAUGAAUCUCCUCAGUUUCUCACCCAAUACCCUGUAGUGUAGGUGUGCAUCGUGAUGUUUAUUCUGACUUUGAAGAGAAGGUUAUACUGUAGAUGUGUGAAUCUUGCAAUGUACACCAUGUUUCAU